UCAAAAACACACAGGAGGGAGAUGGGCAAGCUAAAUAAAGAAGCAGAAGACCAAAAGAAAGUAUUCAAGCACGAUUCGCAUCAUCAUCCAGUAGUACUCACCAAAAUUCACAACACCAUUCAAACAUUUUGCUCCGGCUGCAGAAUUAACAUUCUCCCAGGGGAGGACUACUUCGCAUGCAUGCCGUGCCAUUUCUUUCUCCACAAAAGAUGCUUCGAAUUGCCCUCAUCUACUACACACGAUUCACAUCCUCAUUUGCUUACUUUAAAAUUCAAAACCCCUUAUGAAGGAGAAGAAGGCUUCAGGUGCGACCUCUGUGCACAACCAGGUACCAACCAGUGGCUCUACUGCUGCCAGCAAUGCCAUUACGACGUGCACCUACGUUGUGCCAAACCUCAAACUGGACCAAACUUCCAAGCUUCUUGCAGAUCCCGUAGUCUUGCAAACGUCAAACCAGCACCUCUGGUAAAUGCCACGACUUUCGAUACUCAAUCAGCGAAUCCGCCAUGUGGGGUUCGGGAAAAUUUCCACGACUUUCAUCCGGGUAAAACAUCGAUGGCCAAUCAACCAGUUCUCGUCAGCCAAAAUGCAAUGACAAUGACCGCUAAUCGAGUCCCUUUAAACACCACAACCCCACCAAUCAUUACGUCGCAAUACGGGCAAAGGGCUGCUUAUCUUGGUCAGUCAGGCAAUUAUUCACGUGGGUUCCAAGCAAGCCGUUACUUUUUUAGCCCAACCACUGCCCCAAGCACCAUUGAACCAAUCCUAAUGAGUCCGGACGGAACAACCGGAUUCACCACUCGGGGUCCCUUAAACAACGGCACAAACCCUGCAAUGGUUGUCCCCCAAAGCCGGCCAAGCUUGGCAUAUAGCAACAACGGCGUCCUGUAUCUGAACGCCGCUCAAGGGAUCAACAACCAAAUGAUAUACCUGAGGCCGAAUGGUGGGGGAGCUCCAAUGGCCGCAGUGGUUCCACAAAACCAGGGGCUCGGUUAUGGGAAUCCAGUGUUCUAUGGAGCGCAUAACGGCAUGAUGGGUGGGAUGAAGGAGAUGGCAAUUACAGGAUUGGCUUCUGGGUUUGGGGGAGCGUUUGGGGAAGAGCUGUUCCCAGGGGUGACCGGCAUGCGGGGUGGUGAUGAUGAUGGUGAGGGAUCGAUGGGUCUUGAAGGGUCAGAGAUCCUGAAUUCCGAUUUCGGUGAAUACUUCUAGUUCUGAGAUGCUCAUCUUUGCCGAUGGAUCGAAGUUUCUUUUUGGCUUGUAUCAUAAGAAUGUUUUCUCAUGUCGAUUAUAGCAGUGCAAUUUCGAGUGAAUCCAAUACUGUUCUUCCAAAUGUAAUCCAACAUUCGUGCUGGAAAUUGGCAAG